AUUUUACUUCCUUUCCUUAUAUAAAUUAUUUAUUAUUAAACUGAAAUUGGAUUUGUUUUAUAUUGUUUUCCUUGUUUUUCUGUAACGGUUUUUUUCCCUUCCAUAUAAUGCACAGAUCAAGAAAUUAUUAUUUCGGAUUUUGUUUCUGGAAUUUCAAACAUAAAUUUUAGGAAUUUCAAAGUAAAUUUCAAUCUGAUUUCCCCUAAUUUUGUGCAAUUUUAGCAGAUUCGAUAUUGUUUUCAUGGAAAUUGGAUUCGGAAUCUGAUUCUCAUUUUCAUUUUCAAUCGGAGUGAGAGCAGUGACGGAGUUCACUUGUUGAGUAUUUGAUAUCUUCUUCUCACUGAGCGGAGCUUCAAAUCCUUCAUGAGUUUCCAGUGAUGGGUUGCGUCUACUCAAGAGCCUGCAUCGGCGAAGUCUGUGCGCCGAGGAUCAAACAGUCACAAAUACCUAAUAAUCCGACGACUUCAAAUGCUACUGGUGUCCCCGUCUUCUCUCCCGCUUCUUCAGACGAUCAAGAAACCGAAGUCCGGGACCAAAUCAAUGUGCUAAACCAUGCCCGAGACUCCGAGCUCGGUAUCACCCGCCUUUCUCGGGUCUCCGCCCAGUUUCUUCCGUCCGACGGAUCCAGAGCCGUGAAAGUGCCCUCCGAUAACUUUGAGCUCCGAUACUCGUUCCUCUCGCAGCGUGGUUACUACCCCGAUGCCCUAGAUAAGGCCAAUCAGGACAGCUUCUGUAUACACACGCCUUUCGGUACCAGUUUGGACGACCAUUUCUUUGGGGUUUUUGAUGGACAUGGAGAAUUCGGGGCUCAUUGCUCUCAGUUUGUGAAGCGAAAGCUGUGCGAGAACUUGUUGAGGGAUAAAAAGUUUCAUGCGGAUGCUGUGGAAGCUUGCCACACGGCGUUUUUGGCUACGAAUUCACAGUUGCAUGCCGAUCCUAACGUGGAUGAUAGCAUGAGUGGAACUACUGCUAUAACAGUGUUGGUGCGAGGGAGGACGAUAUACGUGGCGAAUUCCGGGGACUCCAGGGCUGUUAUAGCAGAGAGGCGAGGGAAGGAUAUUGUGGCCGUUGAUUUGUCCAUAGACCAGACUCCUUUUCGAGCGGAUGAAGCGGAGAGGGUCAAGCUUUGUGGGGCGAGGGUGCUGACGUUGGACCAGAUUGAGGGGUUGAAGAAUCCGUAUGUGCAGUGCUGGGGUACUGAGGAGGCUGACGAUGGUGAUCCCCCAAGGUUGUGGGUUCCAAAUGGGAUGUAUCCGGGCACGGCUUUUACUAGGAGUAUUGGGGAUUCAAUAGCGGAGACUAUCGGGGUCGUUGCCAAUCCCGAAACUGUGGUCUUUGAGCUCACACCAAAUCAUCCUUUCUUUGUGCUUGCUAGUGAUGGAGUGUUUGAGUUCCUUUCUAGCCAAUCAGUGGUUGACAUGGUUGCCAAGUAUACAGAUCCCCGUGAUGCAUGUGCUGCAAUUGUGGCAGAGUCCUAUAGGCUUUGGCUACAAUAUGAAACUCGUACAGAUGAUAUUACUGUGAUUGUUGUGCAUAUUACUGGGCUAAACAAUACUGCUGUCUGUCAGUCAACAGGUCAUGGUGCUGCUCCACGAUCACCCAUUCCGCAAGUUUUUGAGCUGACGGGAUCUGAAUCUCCUGCAACAUAUAGGUGGAGUUCUAGAAACCAUCGUGUAAGGCAUGAUUUGUCACGGGCACGACUUCGGGCCAUUGAGAGCUCACUAGAAAAUGGGCAAGUUUGGGCUCCUCCAUCUCCAGCUCAUAGGAAGACUUGGGAAGAAGAGGCACACAUUGAGCAGGCAUUGCGUGACCAUUUCCUCUUCAAAAAGCUUAAUGAUUCCCAGUGUCAUGUUUUGUUGGAUUGCAUGCAAAGGGUUGAAGUCCAGGCAGGGGAUGUUGUUGUUAAACAGGGUGCUGAAGGUGAUUGCUUUUAUGUUGUCGGCAGUGGAGAAUUUGAGGUUUUGGCAAUUCAGGAAGAACAAAAUGGAGAGGUGCCUAAGGUUUUGCAGCUGUAUACAGCAGAGAAGUUAUCGUCUUUUGGAGAGCUUGCACUAAUGUACAAUAAACCACUCCAGGCCUCUGUUCGUGCAGUGACUCAUGGUACUUUGUGGGCCUUAAAAAGAGAAGAUUUUCGUGGAAUUUUAAUGUCCAAGUUUUCAAAUCUGUCAUCCCUUAAGUUGCUUCGAUCGGUGGAUCUUCUCUCAAGGUUGACAAUCUUGCAGUUGAGUUGCAUUGCCGAUUAUCUUUCUGAAGUUUCUUUCUCAGAUGGGCAGACAAUAAUUGAUUGGAAUGAUGGAGUCUUUGGACUAUACCUAAUCCAGAAAGGACAAGUGAAUAUCACUUUCGAUGCAGAACUUCUUAGUAGUCCUAAUAUCUGCAGCCUCAAGUCAGAGAAUCAGGGAGAUGAUGAUCAUCCACAGGUCAAUAAUAAGCUCUCGUUGGAGAAGAGAGAGGGUAGCUAUUUUGGUGAAUGGGCACUCCUUGGUGAACAGAGUGCUUAUUUUAAUGCAGUUGCUGUGGGUGAUGUCGUAUGUGCUGUCUUGACAAAGGACAAGUUUGAUUCAGUUGUUGGCCCACUGGCAAAGGUUUCACAUGAUGAUCAGAAAUCAAAUGGAAAUGCUUCAGACCUUCACGUUGAAUCUGCUGCAAGUACUGAUACAUCUACUCGAGACAAAGUUCACCUCUCAGAUCUGGAGUGGAAGACAUGCUUAUAUUCAACUGAUUGCAGCGAUAUUGGGCUUGUGCUUUUGAAAGAUUCAGUGCACGUGUCAGAAAAUAUGCUUAGUUUGAAAAGGUUUUCAAAGCAGAGGGUCAAGAAGUUGGGGAAAGAAGCCCAAGUCUUAAAAGAGAAGAAUCUGAUGAAGAGUGUGAGCUCUUAUGCUUGUGUACCUGAGAUUCUAGGCACUUGUGCUGAUCAAAUUCAUGCUGCCAUACUGCUUAAAACCCGCCUUGCUUGCCCUUUGGCUUCUAUACUUCGUACUCCGCUUGAUGAGCCAUCUGCUAGAUUUUGUACUGCAUUUGUGGUUAUUGCCUUGGAAGAUUUGCACAAGAAUGGUAUUCUUUACAGAGGCAUUUCUCCUGAUGUUUUGAUGCUGGACCAAACAGGACAUUUACAGCUGGUAGACUUCAGAUUUGCGAAGAAAUUAUCUGGGGAGAGAACAUUUACAAUAUGUGGAAUGACAGACUCAUUAGCUCCAGAGAUAGUCCAGGGAAAUGGCCAUGGUCUUCCUGCAGAUUGGUGGGCACUUGGCGUUUUGAUUUAUUUUAUGCUACAAGGUGAAAUGCCUUUUGGAUCAUGGAGAGAGAGUGAGCUCGAUACAUUUGCCAAGAUUGCAAAAGGGCAGUUGAAUAUUACGGAAUCUUUAAGCUCUGAAGCUGUAGAUCUCAUAAGCAAGUUACUUGAAGUUGACGAAGGUACGAGACUUGGAAGCCAAGACCCUGAUUCUGUUAAAAGUCAUCCAUGGUUUCAUGGUGUGGAUUGGAAUGGAAUCAGAGAUUGUAGUUUUCCUGUUCCUCAUGAGAUAAUUUCUCGUGUAACUCAACGUUUGGAGAGCCAUUUAGAAGACUGUGCCGGUCCUUUAGCUUCCCCAUCAAGGGAGGUAGAAGACCUCAAUGUUCCUGAAUGGUUUGAUGAUUGGUAGAGGAACUACUGUAUUGUGCAUAUCCAGUUUUCCAGAGCCUUUCAAUGGUGGAGUCCUCAGUGGGAUUGACUUUCGGCACAUUUAGGCAGUUAGAGGCCAUAAAUUUCGGAUUCAAGGCAAGGUGCAGGCCCAAAAAGUUGUGCUUAUCCUAUUUUUAUUUGUGAAUGUGCAUGCGCUGCUCCCUAAUUAGUCAUCUAACAAUUCGGUGGUGAGUUCAGGUGAUAGAAUCUUUGACCCUUUGCUUUUCUUAGUUUUUUCUCCUUCUGUAAAUAGGUAUAUAUGAAAAUGGGUUAAGGGUUUCUUUUAGAAAGGAUCUCGUAGUUUCCAGUAAACUGCUUCAGUGGCUACUGAUUUGCAUGGAGGGGCUUGUGCCUUGAUUUUUUUGUCCUCAUUAUCUUGGAGAACUGGUAUGUGAAUACAAACUAGUAGGCGAUGGACCUUGAGUGGAAAUUCUGAUCAAUCAUUUUGACAAUAUUCAAUAAAAUUUCAUUUUUUCCCUUUUCA